AACGUUCGAAUAAAGCAGCCACAUCAGCGCUUAUCUUCCAGAUGUAUCCCCGAACAAUGGAAAUGUGAUUCGGAUAACGACUGCGGAGAUGGUUCGGAUGAAAAACUGGAAAUGUGCGCGAAUGCGACUUGCGCGCUUAAUCAGUUCUCGUGCGCAAAUGGACGAUGUAUACCGAUUUACUGGCUUUGUGACGGUGAUAAUGAUUGCUAUGAUGGUACAGAUGAGGAUAAAGAACGAUGUCCACCGAUGUUGUGUAGAAGCGAUCAGUUCAGAUGCGCAAAUGGACGUCAAUGCAUUGCUCUUCGUAAUCACUGCGAUGGUCAAAGUGAUUGUGAAGAUGGAUCCGACGAAGAUAGCUGCUUGAUUCAGCCAAAUGCAUGCACCUCAGAUCAGUUCCAGUGCAAAACCAGUGGCAUUUGCAUACCUGCCUCGUGGAAAUGUGAUGGACAGAAGGAUUGCGAUGAUGGUUCCGAUGAACCGGCAUUCGGAUGCAGUGCAAACACUUGCAAAGAAGAUCAUUUUAAGUGUAACAAUGGGCGAUGCAUUCUUAAUGUGAGACUUUUUGGACAUUUGUCUUACAAUAAUGAAAAAUUUUAUGCCGAAAAUUAA